AAAAAAAAUAAUACACAAGUUUUAAAAUGGGUAUUAAAAAUAUAAAUUUUAAUAUUGGAUUAAUAACAUUAAUAGUUUUCAACAUUUUUGGAAUAAAUGUUAAUGGUCAAAAAGAUGACAAGGAUUUUCAAUGUCCGACACUAGUUGGUAAUGGUAAUUAUGCUGAUCCAACAAACUGCCGGAGAUUCUAUCAGUGUGUCGACGGAUAUCCAUAUGAAAACCGAUGUCCAUCUGGUUUAUAUUUCGAUGAUAUUAAUAAAUUUUGUACAUUUAAAAAUGAAGCCAGAUGUGGUCCAGUAUCAACGACACCAGCACCCGUAACUGAUGCACCACUAGAUUUAGCACAAAAAUGUAAACCAGCUGAAUGUGAAUUACCAUAUUGUUUCUGUUCAAAAGAUGGUACUGGUGUUCCCGGUGGACUAGAUCCAGAAAAUAUUCCUCAAAUGGUUUUACUUACUUUUGAUGGUGCUAUAAAUUUAAAUAAUUACGAACAUUAUAAAAAAGUCUUUAAUGGAAAACGUAAAAAUCCAAAUGGCUGUGAAAUAAGAGGAACUUUCUUUAUAUCUCAUGAAUAUAGUAACUAUCAACAAAUACAAACUCUUGCUUAUGAAGGACAUGAAGUUGCAACAGAAACAAUAUCCUUACAAAAUGGAUUACAAGAUAAAGGAUAUGAAGAAUGGGUUGGUGAAAUGAUCGGUAUGAGAGAAAUUUUACGUUAUUUUGCAAAUAUUUCAACAAGUGAAGUUGUUGGUAUGAGAGCACCAUUCUUAAAACCUGGACGUAAUACACAAUAUAAGGUUAUUGAAGAUUUUGCAUAUAUAUAUGAUAGUUCAGUAACAGUACCACCAUCAAAUAUACCAAUAUGGCCAUAUACAUUAGAUUAUAAAAUAUCACAUGAAUGUAAAAGUGGUACAUGUCCAUCAAGAAUAUUUCCAGGUGUAUGGGAAGUACCAUUAAAUGCACAUUAUGUUGAAGGAUAUGAAGGUGGACAUUGUCCAUAUUUAGAUCAAUGUGUUUUACAUAAUUUAGAUACAGAAGAAGUAUUUGAAUGGUUACAAGAAGAUUUUUCAAGACAUUAUGAACAAAAUAAAGCACCAUAUAUGAUGCCAUUCCAUACAAAUUGGUUCCAAAGUAAAGAUUUAGUUAAAGGAUUACAUAAAUUUAUUGAUUGGACAUUGACAUUGCCAGAUGUAUGGUAUGUUACAAUAACACAAUCAUUGACCUGGAUAACAGAUCCAAAAGAAACCCGUCAAGUACAGAAUUUAGAAGCAUGGGAUUGUAAAAAGAGAAUACCAGCAGCACCAAAACCAUGUAAUAUAACAAAUAAAUGUGCUCUAGCAUUUAAAAUACCCGAAACAAAUGUAUCAGAUACAAGAUAUAUGGAAACAUGCCGUGAAUGUCCAAAUGUAUAUCCAUGGUUAGGUGAUGCUGAAGGAACAGGAAUAUCUGGUCGCGACAAUUAUAUUGACUCUUCAAGUUCAAAUAGUCAACCGGAUCCACCAGAAGCACAAAAGAAAAAAUAAGAACGAAGAAGUGUAAUUGUAGAAGAUAAAAAAAAAAGAAAAAGAAAGAGAAAAAACAAAAAUAAAUAAAAAAAAAUAGAGAAGACAAUCUUUUUAGUACUUGUUUUUUUUUUUAUUUUUGUUUUUUUUUUUUUUGUAUGCAUAUGUACGUAUAUAUUGCAUAUGUAUGUAUAUGUGUACGAAUGUCAAUGUGUUUUUUAAAAACUUCGUUGUACUUUACUUUGAUUCCAAAUUUCUGGUGUUUUAUUUCGUUUUUUUUUAUUUCUUUUUUUGCUUUCUAACUUACACAAAUUCUAACAUUCAUGCUAAAUACAUGACGUAUGUAUGUAUGUAUGUAUGUAUGUACGCGGAAUUUUGUUUAUUUUCUUUUUUAUUUCUAUAUUUACUUAUCUGAUUUAUUUAUUUUUUUUUUAUUCUUCGUUAGUGAAAGAAAAAAAUUUUCUCAAAAAAUAUUUUUUCAUUGCUUUUUAUAUUACGAAAUUUUUAUUUUUUGAAAAUAGCUAUGUGAAAUUAUUCCACCAUAAUUAAUACCAAAUAUUUAUAGAAUGUUGCCGUUGUAUUUUUGAAAUUUAUUAAAUCCAUA